AUGACGGUUACAAGUGUCAGCGUUGCGGACGGACGUACAAAUCUAAAAGAACAUUGCGACGACAUGAAAAUCAAGAAUGUAGACAAGAGGCAAAAUCAACAACGACGCCAAGAUGAGUUCAUAUUCACCACGGUAUUUUUGCCACCGCCAGACCUUGAUAAUCCUGGCAAAGUCAAAAAGGAUUUGAAAUAUUCGUGCGAACAGUGCGGUUACGCUAGCACCUCAAAAUAUCAUAUAGAGAGACAUGUAAAAGCACGACAUCUGACAGAAUACAGUCUUAAAAAUGCUAAUGACCCUCCACCGGAAGUGAAAAGAAUUUUUAAAUGUGAAAAUUGCGAUAGAAGCUAUUCUCACGCCAGUAGCCUGCGAACUCAUCGUAGAUACGAUUGCGGCAAAUUUCCGCAAUUUCAUUGUUCUCAAUGCAACUACGUUACUAAGCACAAAUGCGAUUUGAAUAAACAUACAAGGACUCGUCAUCCGGAUGCUGAUGGACCCACGGCACCUAUGUAUAUAUGUGUGAAAUGUGGAAACACUUAUAAGCACAGAGACAGUUUGUACCACCAUGCCCAAAUGUUAAAAUCCACGAAGAGCAUCCAUCAACAAAGUACUAGAGAAUUUUAUGAAAAUAAAGACCGUGCAUAUUUAAUUAACAAAAAUAUGAGAGAAAGUAUUUUGAAAAUACGAAGGAGCCAUCUCAAAAUACCUUGA